AUGAAGCUCUUAUCAACGACAGCUACCCUGCUUGUCUGCCUUGCUCCUCUCUCCGCAUCGGCUCGAUCUAUUGCCCUGUUUGGCUCCUCUCAGGUCCCGAUCCAGUUGGACGAUGCCACCUUAGUACCAGGAGACAACCCUCUAGAGUAUUGCACAGACCCUGCCUCGGACGUCAUCCAAAUCGAAUCGGUGGACUUAUCACCCAACCCUCCUCUCCCUGGACAAACCCUCAUAAUCAAGGCCAAGGGGACCCUACAGAAGAAGAUCGAAAAGGGCGCCUACGUACUCCUGCAAGUUAAAUACGGCCUGAUCACUCUUAUCAAGCAACAGGCCGACCUUUGCGACCAGAUUGUCAAUGUCGACCUUAAAUGCCCUUUGGAGGAAGGUGACAUGUCCCUGACAAAGAAAGUCGAUCUGCCUAGGCAGAUUCCUCCGGGCAAGUAUUCUGUGCAUGCCGAUGUGUUUACGAAAGAUGAUGAGCGGAUCACCUGUCUCGAGGCAAAAAAUAUUGAGUUCAAGAUGGGUUAA